GUGCCGCUGGGCGAGUCUCCUCCGCGUCUGUCUCCGUAGUUGCUUUUUUUUCAGAGAAAAGGAGAAGAGAAUUAGCUCUGGGAGAAGGGCCGUCGCCAUUAUUGGGAAGCUGGAAAAAAAACACUUUCACACACGCCAUCUCUUGUUAAAUUGAUAAGGACGUUACCAAUUUGUUGCAUUAGGGCUGUUUAGAAGAAACAUUGUACAGGAAGUGCAGCAAACUCGACCGGUGUCCCGUGCAUGAUCGAUCCAGUAUGAUGUUGCCACAACAAUGGGCAUAAUAAUUCGUCAAAAGCAACGUGGUGAAGCAAGGAGAAGACGGCGAAACAAGCUUUUAUACGCCUUUCAUUUUUAACAAGGAGAGAAAAAGAAAAAUGUUUUUACCUUUGUAGUUUUAUUAUCACAAAAAAAGACAAACAGAUCAAUGGAUUAGAAAACCAUCGAGAUGUAGAUUUACAAUUAAUAUGUAAGCAAACAAUAAUAACCUACUUAGUUCUGUCUGGGAAUCAGAAGAGCCACGUUAUUUUUGUUUCUUAUGUACAUGCAUAUCAUGCGGACAGGGCUGCGGCAAGCGCUGGCCUGACGGAUGCAGGGAGAAUGCGAUGGGUCAUAGCUACAUUAGGAAUGACUGAGAGAAGCCUCUGUCUUUGCUACACCCCUGCACUGUUGUUGAUAGAACAUGUAGCACACUAGAGGAAACGGCAACUAAACCUCAUCCCCAGUGCCACUUUAUGGACACACGUCCAAGUGUACUCUCUGAUCGAGUGCCUGAUUAUGGCAGGAUGAGUGUCAGCUGAUGAUAAUGAUGGCCAAAAAGCAAGAUGUUAAGUCACCCACAUACAACCUUAUUGUGGUGGGUUUGUCAGGAACUGAGAAAGAGAAGGGCCAGUGUGGCGUGGGUAAGUCCUGUCUGUGCAACCGCUUUGUGCGCCCCAGUGCCGAUGACUUCUAUCUGGACCACACGUCAGUGCUGAGCACCAGUGACUUUGGGGGUAGAGUGGUUAACAAUGACCAUUUCCUGUUCUGGGGGGAGGUGGGGCGGGUGGUGGAGGAGGGGCCGGAGUGCAGGAUGCAUGUGGUGGAGCAGACAGAGUUCAUUGAUGACCAGACGUUCCAGCCACACCGCAGCACUGCCAUGCAGCCCUACAUCAAGAGGGCGGCCUCCACCAAGCUGGCCUCUGCAGAGAAGCUUAUGUACUUCUGCACGGACCAGCUGGGGCUGGAGCAGGACUUUGAGCAGAAGCAGAUGCCCGAGGGCAAGUUACAGGCUGACGGGUUCGUGCUCUGUAUGGACGUCAGUAGGGGGAUGAACCGCAACUUUGACGACCAGUUGAAGUUUGUCACAAACCUUUACGGUCAUCUGAGCAAAACAAAGAAGCCCAUUGUGCUGGUCUUAACCAAGUGUGAUGAGGGGGUUGAACGCUACAUCAAAGAUUCUCACACCUUUGCCAUCACUAAAAAGAGUCUUCCAGUAGUGGAGACAUCUGCACGCUCUAACAUCAAUGUUGACCUAGCCUUCCUUACUUUGGUGCAACUCAUUGAUAAGAGCAGGGGCAAGCCCAAGAUCAUUCCUUACUUUGAGGCCCUCAAGCUUCAGAGUCAGCAGAUAGCCUUGGCUAAAGACCGAUACGAAUGGCUAGUCAACCGCAUAGUGAAGAACCACAAUGAGACCUGGCUUAACACCAGCAGACGCAUGCACACCUCUUCAGAGUUCAAUGAAUACGUCUUUCUGGAGGGCACAGCAAAAUGCAAGAAGCUCUUCCAGCAGCUGGUUUACCGUCUGAAACAGGAGCACAUUGAGAGACGUCGGAAAAUCUAUCUGAGCACUCUUCCUCUAGCACUUAGCUCCCUGGUGCCUGACCUGGAUGAGAUCGACCAGCUGAGCUGGUCUGGGGUUCAGAAGGUCCUGGAGUCCAAGCAGCACUUUGCCCACUGGUUUGUAGUUCUGGAGGACUCUCCAUGGGAGGACACGUCUCACAUAGACAACAUGGAGGAUGAGCGCAUCCCCUCAGACCUGCUGGAAACGUUACCAGCCGAGGACAUUUUCGACGCCCACCUGGAGCACCUGAGGAAUGAGUGCAAGCGGGCUGAGAUGAGGCAGGAGUUCAAGCACAAGUUGGCCUGUUCUCCCUUUGUCACGCCUGGCAAGCCCUGGGAAGAGGCCCGCAGCUUCAUCAUGAAUGAAGACUUCUACCAAUGGUUGGAGGAAUCAGAGUACCUGGACCUCUACAACCGCCACCAGAAAGAGAUCAUCGGCCACGCUAAAGAGGACUUCCAGGAGCUUCUGCUGGAGUAUUCCGAGCUCUUCUAUGAGCUGGAGGUGGACGCAAAGCCCAGCAAGGAGAAGAUGGGGGCCAUCCAGGAGGUUUUAGGGGAGGAGCAGCGGUUCAAAGCCCUGCAGAAGCUUCCAGCUGAGAGAGAUGCUCUGGUAUUGAAGCAUAUUCACUUUGUCUACCACCCCACCAAGGAGACCUGUCCCAGCAGCCCACAGUGUGGAGACUUCAGGAUAGAGCAGCUCCUGGCCUCACGCUUCCCAACAUGCUACCCAUUCUUCAACGUGAAGUCUUAUUUUGGGGAUAUUAAAGCGGACCGCAUCAACCUUGUGAUAUUGGGCAAAGACGGACUGGCUAGGGAGUUUGCCAAUGAGAUCAGAGCUCUCUGUACCAAUGACGACCGGUAUGUGUUGGAUGGGAAGAUGUAUGAGCUCACCCUGCGACCUAUCGAGGGCAAUGUACGACUUCCUGUUAACUCCUUCCACACUCCCACCUUCACACCCCAUGGGUGCCUGUGUCUGUACAACUCAAAAGAGUCCCUAACCUACGUCGUAGAAAGCAUUGAAAGGUUGCGGGAGUCAACAAUCGGUAGAAGGGACAGCCAUAUAGCUCAGCUUUUAACAUCUCUGCUCUUGGUUACUAAAAGGGGUGUAGGGACCUAUGCCGAUAUUGGGGGAGAAACUGCUUUAGGUCUGAUAACACAGGGACAGCAGGUAGCAAGGAGAUUGCAGUGUAGCUUCCUCGACCCAGCUUCACCUGGUGUGGGCUAUGGGCACAAUGUGAAUGAGAGUCAGAUCAACCAAGUAUUGAGAGGUCUUCUGGACUCUAGAAGGAGCUCAUCUUUCAGUAGCAGCUCCCCACCUCUGCCCCCUCAAACUCCAGGUCCCAGAGACUCUCCUCACCAGCCCAGCCCAGAGGCAGACAUCCGCAUCGUCAUGUGCUUGAUGUGUGGAGACAACUAUGACGUGGAACAGCUCCUCUCUCCCUUCCUACUGCCUCAGCACUGCAGGCCAACAUCCAACAGUGGCACCUCGGUGAUACUGGAGCAGACAGUGGGACCUCACAAACAGGUGAUUGAGCUCUCUCUCCUUUCCUACCACGCCUCCUUCUCCCUGAGGAAGAGCAGAUUAGUGCAUGGCUACAUCGCUGUGUACUCAGCCCGCCGCAAGGCUUCUCUGGAGACCCUGUGUGCCUUCCUAUGUGAGGUCCAGGACAUCAUUCCUGUUCAGCUGCUGGCUGUGGGGGAGAGCCAGGUGGAGCUCACAGAAAGUGAGUCUGCCAGAGAGCAGCUGGUCCAGGGAGAGGAGCUGGCCCAAGAGAUAGAGGGCAGGUUCAACAGUGUGGUGUGUGGAUCAGGAGGGGUGGUGGGUGGCCUGCACAGGAUGGAGAUGUUUCAUCCCUUCCUGAUGGAGGUGGUGGAGAAACGCAACAUCGUGGAGGCCACUCACAUGUAUGAUAACGUGGCUGAGGCCUGCAUUAACGAGACUGCCUACUCCCCUCGCUGUAGCUCACCCAGCACUGGCACUAUGUUCCUAGACUCUGACAUGGAUGACGUGGAGCCCUCCCCACCUUACUACGACGGCACACUCACCUCCCAUGGUGGGAGCCUCAACCUGCCUGACCUGGACUCCAGCGAUGUCUCUGUCAUCUCUGACAUCAGCUCCUUUGAGAACAAGCUCAAUAGCAAAGCCACGCCCCAGGUGAGACCCAAGCCCUCUGUGACCUUUGACUUCCGGAAGGUGGGCAGAAACCCCUACAACACAGACACCAUGGGUCACCGUCGCUCCCUGCCCUCCGCUGUGACAUGGGUGCCAGGUGGGGACGGAGGUUACGACCCCUCGGACUAUGCAGAGCCCAUGGAUGCUGUGUCCAAGCCCCGGCCCAGCAACGAGGAGAUCAUCUACUCUGUGCCCCAUGACAGCACGCAGGGCAAGAUUAUUACCAUCCGCAAUGCCAAUCGGAUGCACGCCAACGGGAACGGCUCAGACAGUGAGGCGGACAGCAGUUCCCUGGAGCGCCGCAGGAAGUUCUCGGCGGCAGGGGUAAAGCCACGGCUCUACCGCGACCGCUCUAAACGCCUGGGCAAGUUCAGCAGCUUCCGCACCAGCUUCAUUGGCAGCGAAGACGAGAUGGGGGCUCUGCCAAAAACCAAGGAGGAUGAUUUCGGAACCCUGAAAGGAGACAUCAUCAAUGAGGAGGGAGAGGACCCCAAGAAGAGGAACAUUCUGAAGAGCCUGCGGCGAACUGCCAAGAAAACCAGACCAAAGCCUCGGUCCUCUAUUCCCAAGCCCCUGGAGAGCAGCUACUUCGGGGUGCCCCUGGUCAACGUGGUGUCCCCAGACAGACCUAUCCCACUCUUCAUUGACAAGUGUGUCCGCUUUAUUGAGACCACAGGUCUCAACACAGAGGGGCUCUACAGGGUGAGCGGGAACAAGUGUGAGAUGGAGAGUAUGCAGAGGCAGUUUGACCAGGACCAUGGGCUGGACCUGGUGGAGAAGGACUUUGCCAUCAACACGGUGGCUGGGGCUCUGAAGGCCUUUUUCUCUGAGCUGCCAGAGCCCCUGGUGCCCUGCAUCCUGCAGGUGGAGCUGCUUGAGGCCUUCAAGAUCAACGACAGGGAACAGAGGCUGUACACCAUGAAGGAUGUACUGAGGAGGUUCCCCAGGGAGAACUAUGACGUCUUCAGAUUUGUCAUGAGCCACUUACACAAGGUGAGCCAGCUGAGCAGACAGAACCUGAUGACCAGUGAGAAUCUGUCCAUCUGUUUCUGGCCCACUCUGAUGCGGCCAGACUUCACCACCAUGGACGCCCUGACGGCCACGCGGACCUACCAGACAAUCAUCGAGACCUUCAUCCACCAGUGUGCUUUCUUCUUCUACAACCAGCCCCUCCUGGACUCCCCCACUGGCCUGGCUGGCCUCCGUGCCUCCCCCACCACCACCCUCACCGGGGGCUCUGCCUAUUCCUGCUACCACUCCUCCCCUCCCUCCACCGCCACGCACUUCAGCCCCUGCAGCAGUCGCCCCCACCACCACCCCCCAGUCUCCCCUGCAGUCCCUCCUGACCCCCUCCACCAACACCCCCACCAUACCCCCACCGAGCAAGAGACACUGUGAGAGACACUGAGAAGGGAACAGAUGCUGCACCCCUGAUCUGAUGCUGCUGCACCCCUGAUCUGAUGAUGCUGGACCUUAGUCACUUACACACACACACACACACACACACACACACACACACACCAAAACAUACAUACUGAUAGUACAUUGAUCGGUCGUCGAUAAUAACAUGUUAACAGAGAGAGGAGACGAUUAGUGUUUGACAAAUAAACUUGCCACUUGUGAACAGCAUCCUGCUGUCCCUGUCACCUGUGUGCCAAUGCAGAUCACCAUGCUGACCCGUCCCUGUCACCUGUGUGCCAAUGCAGAUCACCAUGCUGACCCGUCCCUGUCACCUGUGUGCCAAUGCAGAUCACCAUGCUGACCCGUCCCUGUCACCUGUGUGCCAAUGCAGAUCACCAUGCUGACCCAUCCCUGUCACCUGUGUGCCAAUGCAGAUCACCAUGCUGACCCAUCCCUGUCACCUGUGUGCCAAUGCAGAUCACCAUGCUGACCCGUCCCUGUCACCUGUGUGCCAAUGCAGAUCACCAUGCUGACCCGUCCCUGUCACCUGUGUGCCAAUGCAGAUCACCAUGCUGACCCGUCCCUGUCACCUGUGUGCCAAUGCAGAUCACCAUGCUGACCCGUCCACUCCACCCCCUAUAGCCCCUGAUAACCUGACUCUACCUACGACUCACUCACAGGGGGGCUGGGGGCAGAACAGAGUGGGUGUCAUUGUUACAGUAAGCAUCUCUCUGCCAACCAACCGUUCUUACCCUAACAAUACACUAUAAUUUAAAAAAAAGUCCAAGCCUCCAUGUCAUGCUGGAAGAUAUGAUUUGUGCCCAUCACCAUGUUUUUAUUUGUGAAUAAUAGUUUUGAAAUGUUCUGUUUGUUAAUGAAAGUAGCCACUGGAUGUACGGACUGUGCCUCUCUCAGGGCUGUACUUGGUAACGUACACACAGCCGUGAGGGGAGCCUCCCUGUCUGCCUGUAGGGCCCCUGCUAGGGGGUUGGGGUGGGGACAUCCAGGGAUGCACUUUAAUGGUCAGAAUGUUGUAGGGGUUUUGUUUUUAAAAGGGGUUUGUUAGGUCAGAAUGUUUUAGUGUGCUGAGUUCACAGCUCAAGGAACCAUACCCAUUGCCUCUCAUAAGGGUCCUUUGCAGAUCAAAACGUUGUUUACAUCCAAACCCUUGUUUUUGUAUCCUCAUACUUAUCUGAAGCACUUUUAAAUUGUAGUGUUAAGUUCCAUGAAAUGCAACCUUGAUCAAUUGACUAGUUUGUUUUAAUGUCCGCGUGGGCGUGGCAGUAGUAAAGAGACUCGUUAACACGAUCCUGUUAUUAUAUGUGUUCUUUUCGAGGAUUCAGGGCUCACUUUAUAACCCCAUGGAAAACCCAACCAUUUAAUAUUGGUUUCAUAUUCCUUUUAGCCAUGUUAUAAAUAGUUCUGAGCAUGCAGGUUUGAAUAGCCUGGAGUUUCCCCUCUUUUUAGGACUGAUGUUGCUUUACUGAUGUUUUGACUAAGGAAGUCACCUGGUUUGAGUGGUAGUGUUUAGGAAAGUGAGUUUGAGCCAGGGUCAGUUAAUCAGACCCUUUAGGAUCCAGGAGAGGAAUGCUCUUGGUUGAGAUGUCAGAUCCACUCCAUAAGUUAGGGGUUCAUGAUUAAAUUGGCCACAUUUGAAGAUUGAUUAUGGGGAAUGAUUGACAGUAACAUCAGACAGUAGCAUGACAUGGGCGAGGUUAGUCAUACUGGGGGUGGCAGGUAGCCUCGAGCUGACAAGGUAAAAAUCUGUCGUUCUGCCCAUGAACAAGGCAGUUAACCCACUGUUCCUAGGCUGUCAUUGAAAAUAAGAAUUUGUUCUUAAAUAAAUGAAGGUAAAAUAAAUCAAAAUACCAGGCCAGGGCUCUACACGUACUGUGUCUGUUCCACUGUGCUAUCUGGUGGCCAUGGAAACCACUGCCCUAUUGCAAAAUGAUAGGUUUCUGGAUAUGUUGCUGUGGGUAUCUAGCCAAUUGAGCUCUUUGUACUCAUCUAAUAUUAAGGACCUUAAACUGAGGCAAGGUGUGCAUACAGAAAACACUGCCACUGCAAUUAACUACAGUACAGUAAUAACAGUAUAGUAUAUCCUAUAGAGAUGGAGCACGUGUGUCUGGACUCAUGCUCAGGAAUGUCAACAAAGCAAGAGUAACUACUGUAGCUCCAGUAUACUAUGGGGUUUAUGUUGGUGUUUAACUGUCCUCUCUCUUGUAGAAAACAAACAUGCAGUCAAUGUAAAGUAGUUGAAUGAAUACUCCUACUAUAUUCUGGAUUCUUCUAUCAGAUGAAUGUUGCCCCAUGAGAGGAGUGCCACUGGCAUCUUCUGGGGAUGAUGGAGGAUUGGCCAGGAGGCAUGGCUGCACUCGAUGUCAGCCAUCUUGGAUGUUGCUCAUGCUGCCAGUUCAGAACAGAUCAGUCAAAGCUAUUGGUUGUAAAUGAGGGUCAACUAAUUAAUACUUGGGAUCACUCUCUGGUACUUAUCUUUGGGGUUUUCCUGCUGUGGGAGGCAGUUAUCUCUGAUGGACUAACGCUGCAGUGACUCCUCACCCAGGGCAGUGCAGUACAGUAUUACCAGACGCACAAAAGAUCAGAUGGGAGAUGGAUAGGAAAACAAACUGUCCCAGUAGAAUGUGUCUUUGGCUCAGAGGACCUACGUGGCUGCAUCACUUCAUUUUCUACACAACUCUGACAGUUCUGCUGGGAAAUGGGAGAGAAAAAGAAGAGAUUCUACUAUAGUAAAAUGGUUGUUUAUUUGUAUGUUAGGGGGUCUAACACUUUGCCCUUUAGUCAAUGGUAGAAAACAUUUUUUGUGUGUAUUUCAAUGAUUGAAAGUCAAUUUUUACAAUUUUGUGAAUGGUUUAAGGCCACUUCAGUUUAGUGCAUGAUUUAAGAACACACCAAGGGAGAAGGUUCAACCCUUUUCAUUAUUUUAAAACAUGAAAUUAGUGUGAGAACAAUGAAAGUGGAAUACAGUAGCUUAAAACAAGUGAAAGAUGAAGUACUGUGCAUCUACAGCAAACCAUGUAAUUUGUCUGACUGAGAAUGGUGUAAUGAAGAUGAAGGCCUUAUGUGAUCUGUAUCAUAGUUAAUAAAUUAAAUAUCGUAAAAUUG